AUGUCUGAAGAAAUCAGGAACGACAAGCGAUUCACCUUCACUGGCUUCAUCGAGAGGCACUGGCUUACUCGCUACCCUGGUCUCAACGUCCUUCAAGACGGUCUAAAAGACGAAAUAAUCCAAGAAGCCAUUCGCCGGAAUCUUAACCAGGAACUCUUGCACAUAACCGAACGUCUCUGUGAAGAAACCAACCUCAUCCUCAAAGAGCAACUCCCGUCGUCCAAAGAAUGGCAAGAAGUAAAAUUCUUCCCUGUCGCCUUGCAGCUCUCCUCCCGCCUCUCCGCCAAAAUCCUCCUCGGCGACCGCCUCGCCCGCUCAAAACAAUGGGCAGCCCUCUCCAUCUCUUUCGCCUCCCUGAUCCUUUCCGCAGGCCGCGACCUCCGCCCGUGGCCCGUCCUCCUGCGCCCGCUCGUCCACCGCUUCCUCCCCUCCCUCAACCUCCUCCGGUCCCAAAUCGCGCUAGCCAAGGAACUGAUGGAGCCCGAGCUCGCGGCAGCACGCAGCCAGACCCGAAAAGACGCUGACGAGAAGUCGAAGGACUCGCUUUCGUGGAUCGAGGAGGUGCGGCGCGGACGGGAGUUCGACGUUGUCGCUGGGCAGCUGUUUCUGACUUUUGCAGCGAUCCACACGACGUCCUCUAUCUUGACUGCGUUGAUGUAUGAUUUGCUCGCGAACCCCGAGUACUUUGGGCAGCUGAGGGAGGAGAUUGUGAGGGUAUUUGGAGAGGAAAACGGGUGGAGCAAGAACAGCUUGUACAAGCUCAAGUUACUGGACAGCUGUUUGAAGGAGACGGCGCGCUUACACGUCCUCGGACCUCACAUGUUCAAUCGCAAGGUAGAGGCCCCAGUAACCCUCUCCGACGGCACGCACCUCCCCAAAGGCGUCCACGUCAGCAUCUCAACGUGGCAGAACCGCGACCCCGCCAUCUGGGGGCCCGACGCGGACAACUUCGACGGGCACCGGUUCCUCCGGAUGCGCGAGCAGCCCGGACAGGAGAAUAGAUGGCAGUUCGUCUCGACAAGUCCCGAGUGGCUUGCGUUCGGGCAUGGCAUGCAUGCGUGCCCGGGCAGGUUCUUUGCGAGCAAUGAGAUGAAGAUUGUGAUGGUUCAUCUGAUCAUGAACUACGACUGGAAGAUCGUUGGGGAGAAACUGCCGGGCAGCAUGUUCAAGAGCAGAUUCGUGCCGGACGUCAAGACUGUUGUGGGCUGUAAGAAGAGGGAACCUGAGAUUCAGCUAUGA